AUGGAAAACGACUAUCCGGGCUGGAACGAGACCUUCAUGGCCCAGGACCCCAUCUCCAGUCCGGCCGGUGACAAGGCCGGCAUUCCCAUCAAACAUGACUGUAACGUCCCCGGGGAUGGCGAUGCUAAGAGGACCCAGAUUGGGAUCGGUGUCAUGUAUCUGUCCCGUCUUUCUGGCACGGCCGUCAAUGGUCCAGGGCCUGAGAACUGCGGCCGCGUUAGCUGCUCGUGGAACUCUGCCACCAUUUGGUGUAAUAACACUCAGAUCGCUAGUGCCGCACAAUAUAUUGUUGACCAAUGCAGCAAGCGCAAGUCUUUCACUCCUCUUAAGGAUAGUGGGCGUAUCUGUGCUGACAAAACCUUUGUAGAGGGAGAUAUGACCGUCAAGGGACAUGCUGAUUUUGACGACGGCUGGUAUGUCGUCGUUCGCGGGGAUUGGUGCUAA